UUUCUUUCUUUAUUUUUCCCCCAAAGUCCGUGUAAUAAUAAAAACAUAAACCAAAAAAAAAAAAGAAGAUUAAACUCUUUUGUUCCUUGUUUAUAUAUCUCCAUCUGGGUUUGUCUACUACACAGUCCCUUCUUUGGUGCAAAGAUCCCAAAAAUUAAAAAAAAAAAAAAAAAAAAGAUUUGGAGAGCAGAGAGAUAGCAGCAGCAGAGAAGAAAAAAAAAAAAAAAGGAAGAAUCUUUCUUUUCUAUUUUAGCUAUAUAUCUCUCUCUCUCGCUCUCGCUCUCGCCGAUGAGGAUCCGGAAACGACAAGUCCCUCUUCCUCUUUCGUCUCUGUUACCAGUUCCUCUCUCAGAUCUCUACUUUAACCGCUCACCGACGGCCACCGCUAGAUACUUCCUCGGUGGUUACAGAGACCGAGACGGAGCUUUUGCUUCUUUUCAGCUUUCGCCACCGUCGCCGGUUUCUGAUCGGAGAAAGAAGAAGAAGAAGAAGGAGGAGAAAGCUCUGGACGAUGAUGAUAAUGGUGAUGUAGACGUUAAGAGUCGUACCGAUGCAUCGGGCAGCAAGAACGUUCGUUCCCGAGGAGAAUCCGACUCUUCAACUCAAGUUAUCGAGAAGAGUGAGAAGGUUGUUACUUUGAGGAAGAGAAGAGGCUUUAUAAACUUUGAGGAUUACGAAGAUGAAGAUGAAGAAGAUGAAGAAGAAGCUAGGGGUGGUGGAGGCAGUAGUAAAGGGAAGAAGAAAGGGAAAAAGAGCGGUGGUGGGUUAGAGGAAGGAUCGCGGUGCAGCCGCGUUAAUGGUAGAGGAUGGAGAUGUUGUCAGCAAACGCUUGUUGGGUAUUCUCUUUGUGAGCAUCAUCUCGGUAAAGGUAGGGUGAGGAGCACGAACAAGAGCGGUGGUGGUCGUGGGGGAGAGAAAAAAUCUGUGGUGGUGGAAGUGAAGAAGAAGAGAGUGAAGCUUGGGAUGGUAAAGGCACGUUCAAUAAGUAGUUUGCUCGGACAAACCAGCACUAGUGGUGGUAAUGCUGCUGAUGUUGAGAGUGAGAUAAGUGCACCUGCUGAUCAGUUUGCUGUUUAUGAUAAGUAAGUCUGUUGAUCAGCAUUUGCAUGUAUUUGGGAAUAUGUAUAUGUUGUUUAUGUACAUGAUGAUAAAUGGACAUAGCUCUAUGUAUUUGGAUGUGAGAACAUGUGUGUGUAGAUUGAUCGAGGACUUAACUGGCGUUUGCUCUUGCAGCUUAUGUAUUGGUGAAUGCUUUCCUA